AUGCCUGGGAAGGAAGACACUUACCACUGGGCUCUAAUCGUUGGCCCAAAGAUUGAGACACCAGGCAAAAUAGGUAUGCGUUACCACGCGAAGGAACUCCCGAAAGCGGGAGGGGGUAGUGAAUGGUAUUUUGGCGGGAGCAAAUGCCAACUAACUCCGACCAGCAUGUUGCUUGUUCGAGUUAUGAUUGGAAAAGUGGAGGACUGA